UUUUCUAUGACAGCGAGUACGAUGUGCGGGGACUGCGUGGGUUUCUGGACCAGGCGUCUCGAAUGGGUUUGGACGUGUCUCUACAGCAGGUUGACCGGAAUGUGACAAAGGUCUUUUCCACUCUGUUCAGCACAAUGAGGAUGGAGGAGCUGAACCGUUACCGGGACACGCUCAGACGGGCCAUCCUGCUGCUCAGUCCCCGGACUGCACAGGUCUUCAUACACCAGGCAGUGGAAACGAAUCUAGCAUCCAAAGAUAGUCACUGGGUGUACGCUAAUGAGGAGGUUAGUGACACAGAGAUCAUGGAGCUUGUCCACAGCGCUCUGGGCCGGAUGACAGUGAUCCGACAGAUCUUUCCCCUUUGGAGGGACACCAACAUCCGCUGCAUAAGGAACAACCAUCGCAUCUCCUCACUGCUUUGCGACCCACAGGAAGGGUACCUGCAGUCUCUAGAGGUGUCUAGCCUGUACUUGUACGACAGUGUGCUGAUGUUGGCCAAUGCCUUCUACCGGAAGUUAGAGGACAGGAAGUGGCACAGCAUGGCCAGUCUGAACUGCAUGAGGAAGUCAACCAAACCCUGGAAUGGAGGCUGGUCCAUGCUAGACACGAUCCAAAAGGGGCGGAUUUCUGGGCUCACUGGUUUAAUGGACUUCCGAAGCAAUGGAGCGAACUCUCAUGUCCAGUUUGAGAUCCUAGGGACCAGUUACAGUGAGACGUUUGGAAAAGAUGUAAAGCGGACUGUGAAACCGAGCAUCUUCACCAGAUGGAUCUGCUCCCAGUCUUGCUCAGAGUGGUUCAGCCCAACACCUUCAUGUGGGAAGCAGGUGCAGAGAAUAGAAACCUCUGAAAG